CUUCGGUAAAAGCAAUACGUUUAUAUUCGAUUUAGUGACAAAUAUGGUAUAAACGGAGCUUAAAGGGCCAUUCUUGGAAAAAUGGAACAUGACGGGUUUCUCAGAAGUUGAAACUGAUCGGUGGAAACAUGGCAUUAAUACAGGCCAAAGCGAUAGUUGUUGGUGUCCUGGCCUCCAUAUUUGCCAUGGUGAUGGACUGGAUCCUGGAGGGAAAAUUUUCAGUUUACCACGCGUUGUUGCUGUGUGCAGCUAGCAUGGGUACUGUGGCACUGGUUAGUGUUGUACUCGGCCGAUCAAAGAUGGAGGCAAAGAGGGAUUUCAACAGCCCCGAAUCCCGAAACUGGCUCAAACAAUGGCAGGCCGUCUUUAUCACAAGGAGAGCUCUCCUUCCCUGUGUCAAGUCAGAGGCUACACAUCUGCACAAUGGCAUUCUCCAGAAAGCAUCGAAAGAACAGACUUGUUCAACAGAUCAUGGUCAUGUUUCUAACCAGCUGUCAAUACAUUGUCGAUUUCAUGAAAAACUUCGACAUGAAAUCAAGAUCAUACACAAAAGAACGAACCCUUCCUGGAGAAACGCUUCGACUGACACAUGGCGAGACUCUCCGUUUGCUGUCGCCAAGUUAUUCAUGCAGUCAUCUGGGUAUGAUGACAAAUCUUCAUUUGAUGAAAUCGACUUCAACGGACUAGCAGCCUGUAUGUACAACUGCGGGCGAUUCAAACACACUUUGGAAACACUAACUGACGAGGCUCGGAAGUACGUUAACAAGAUUCGGCAUAUGCCAGACGUAUGUUCAAGUGCUCUGACAGACCAGGCCACAACAGAGUGUAUAGACAGCAUGAUUGCGGUGCUAAACGACCCAUAUUUUCAGGGAGAUCCAGAAAUACUGAAAGCAAGGAAGCAGCUUGAUGAGUUAAAAACCAGAUGUCAAGAUCCCAACCCGGACUUGCUGAAUUAUAUUAUCGAAGAUGCAGCAAUCAGAGGAGUUCAAAACGUUUUGGAUUUGGCUUCUGCCAAAGAAAGCGAAUGGAGAGACCAAGCAAAUGAGAUAAAGGAUGACAUUGAGAAACUCGGCGGUAUUGCAAUGUCUAGUUUAGGUAAACAAGAAGAAAGCGCCAUUAACGAUAUUAAGAAAACUUUUGAAGAUGCCCUUGCCAAGAUGGAUUCGUGUAUAGACAAUGCUAAUAAAAGUUUGAUUGAGACAACCGAAGAAAGCAUAUUUUCACUGAAAAACUCUGCUCAGUCCGGAAAACUAAAACUCGAAGAAGCAACUAUGCAUGGUAUUCGUGAACAACAAGAAACCACUUUAGAUGGAAAACGGGAACUUAAUUUAACGGCUAAAAAAGAAAAACGUAAGUUCAAGAAAACAUGCGAGAGCGCAACAAAAAACAUCAAAGAAAUAGCUAAUAGCGAAAUCAACAAACUGACCAGAGGUGAAGGUGAAGAACAAAGGAAGUCCAAAUUAACAAAAGCAAAGUCAGAUUUAAAGAAACUGUUACUCAACCAUUACCAAGAAACUUCUGUCAGAAUUAACGUCCGAUUGGAUAUUGAUGCUGCUGUAGAAGACAUUUAUGAAAAACCCAAACUUAUACUGAAGAACAAGAAAGACAAAGAUGAAGAGAUAUCAGAAAUUCACCAGAUGUUUCUAAGCGACAAUGGCACGAUGGUUAGAACAGUUUUCGUGGAGGGCGAACCAGGAUAUGGCAAAUCGAUAUUAUGUAAAAAGAUUGUCCACAGUUGGUGCAAAUUUAAACAUGGCGUAAAUGAGGAGAAAGAAAAAGACAACCCGUUAAGUCAGUUUGAGUUCUUAUUCUAUGUGAAGCUUCGAGAAUUUGAAGAUCAAUGUAAAAUCAAAGAUAUUAUAUUUCAGUUUAUAAAUGAACAGAUUCAGUCAGAAUAUACAGGAUUAAACGAACUGUUAACAGAUGUUUUGAGAUCAGAACAUUGUCUUCUGUUGCUUGAUGGUUUAGAUGAGUGGAAACAUUGUAGCGAAUGUAAGCGUAUUGAACGAAUCCCUCACGUUGAAACAUGUUGGGUGAACUGCACAACAUUCAUAACGACACGACCAUACAAACUAGCUGAGCUGAAAUUGAAUCGCUCUCAAUUUGGAAAUCAUGUGCAGUUGCAAGGACUUCAGUUACCUACGGAACUUGUUCGGAAAAUACUUGUGGAGUUAGAUAAAAAUCAAGUAGAAAAAAGUUCAGAAACCUGCGUUAAAGACCUUAACAAAAAAGGGCUGUGGCAUUUCCGCGAUGUUCCAAUCGUGCUGGUUAACAUUGUAUGGCUCUGGUUCAGAAACAAACUUCAGGAUAACAUGUCUCUGUCUGAAGUUUUCAGGGUAAUAAUAGAUGAACGGUGGUAUGAAAUGUGCGAAAAGAAAAACAUAGAGGCGGAGGAACCUCCGAUUGAGUUUCUUAAUUCUGUGAGUGAAUUGGCAUUUCAUCAAUUGUUUUCAGCAAGUAAAGACGAAUCAAUUGUAUUUCAAAUCAAAGGGGACCAGUACGAUUAUAUUAGAGAGCACAGACAGGCCUCUCUUGAAUCUGGUAUCAUGUCUUGCAGUAAAAAAUCAGGUGAAAGAUCAGCGUAUUAUCAAUUUCUGCACAAAACACUUCAGGAAUACUUUGCAGCAUUGUAUUUAGCGAAACACACUUCUGAUUUGUCCAGAGAUAUACAACACAUUCUGAACGUGUAUAUUGAUAACAGAAAAGAGGAUGUCUUCAGCUUGGGUCAGAUGUUCAAGUUUCUCUGCGGCCUGAGUGUACAUGCUGCUGAACAGUUUUCAAAGAUAUUGAAUGAGCUGUUUACUGAAUACUGUGAAAGAGGCAGUUAUUCCAUGGAGAUCGCAACAACAUUUCAAGACAUGAUAUAUCGUGGCUACGAGGAGGCAGGUAGAAGCGGGCACUCCGGAAUGGACCUAUAUCUGCAGCAUAUCGCCCUCGCUGGAGUGAGUCCAUUCAUCGAUCAAGAUUUAAAAGCAGAAAAAAAGACAAUGUUGAAGCCCUACUUGGAUGAAAGAAAAUCAACUCUUGCGUCAUUACUUAUAGAGGGGGAAAAAGACCUCUGUUCUGUCCUUCAAUACAAAGAAGAUCCAAGUGUGUUAGAUCUAGGUAUGUGCAAGAAUCUAAAAUUUAUUGCAUUAACCGAACUUAAAUUUACAGAUAUCAAACAGCUGCAUUUGAACGGACUAUUAGAAUGCGAAAUAACAUUUAGGAAAUUCCAACCAGCAAAUUUACUAGUGUCGUCAUUGCUGCUCUCAGAUUUAACAUCUCUGAAAACACUCACAUUAGGGGAUUUUGAUUGGGAAAGUAAAGUUAAGGAAAUCGUUGCAAAACUAGAAAAUAUUCAACAACUUACCCUCGAAUGGAGCGGAAAUAGACCACUUAAUGAUUUACAAUUCGACCUUGGGCAUCUCGAAAACCUCAAACAACUCACCUUAUACAAACUUGCUUGCUCGGACGUAGUGAUUUCACCAAAGCUGAAACUCAACACGUUAAUAGUCAAGUUCAGUACACUGCAAAAAGCACCACAGUUGAUUGCGACAUUACUUGCACAACACGAUUAUUUACGUAGCUCAAAUCAGGAUAGGCCACUUUCUUACCUAACGGAAGUUGUUUUGGGGAACAUACUGAUGUCAGCAGGAGUGUUUAGACGUAUCAUUAGUAUGGCGAUACAGUCGGGAGAUUAUGUGAGCUAUGAUUUAGAUAAUUGUACAAUAGAACCUGAGGAGGACGAGAUGCAGCAAGAUGUGGGCAUAGAGAACAGGCCAGCACUCCAGGUUGAAGCUCCGGAUCCCGCCUCCACUGACGACCAUCCAUACAUUACAUUAGAGAGCAUGACCAUGUCAGCAGGAGAGUUAAGACGUCUCAUUAGUAUGGUGAUACAGUCGGGACAUGCUUUGCACUGUGAUAUUAUGUACUGUAUGAUAAAGCCCGAGGAGGACGAGAGGCAGCUGGCGAUGGACAUAAAGACUCAGCCCGCUCUCCAGAUGGUUGGUCUACAUCCCUCUUUCACCGACAUCACACAACACAUUAAAUUCGUUCGUAUGGCCAUUUCAAUAGAAAUGCUCAUAAGCAUCUUUAGUAUGAUGAAGCAGUCGCAACAUACUGUGAAAUUUGAGUUAGUGGACUCUUAUAUAGAGCCUGAUGAGGAAAUGAGACAGCUACAGUCCGCUUUCAACUUAAAUCACUCUGCCCUCUUGGAUAUUACAUUCACAGUAAAUGCAAAACGGUGCCAACAUGGGGAAGAAAGCCAAGGUGACACCCUUAUGAACUACUUUAAGAAGUCUCGCAUGGAAGGAAUUAAGGUGAAAUGAGCAAUGGUAUUUAUCACAAAUGGUGAUUUACAGCAAUAUGUAUUAUAACUGGUGUAGCAUUCAAAGGAGCCAUUUUCUACAAAAGUUCAUGGUCGACGGCUUAACCCUGUGAUAAAAAGUGACUGAAACGUGAUUCGUGAAGUCUUCAUAAUUAUGUUAUUGUAAAACGUAACAACCUGUUAUCUAAUAGAUGGACUCAAAUGGGAGUCAAACUGCCGUGUUAUGUCAAAAAAAGUAAAAGGAAAUGUUUAAAAUUCUAUUGUUUCACUGAUUGCAAAGUUUACAGUUUCUGUAUAAAAACAGUCAGAUUGUUUUUCUUAUACCUUGCAUAUUAUUGUGAUUUCAGAGUACAUAAUUACUGUAAUUGGAGUUCCAUUGUUUUGUAUAUACCUUGCACAUUAUAGUGAUUUUAGAACUCAUUAAUACUGUAAAUGUUGUUCCAUUGUUUUGUGUAUACCUUGCAAAUAUAAUAGUGAUUUCAGAGUACAUAAUUACUGUAAAUGAAGUUGCAUUUGUUAGUACACGCCUUGUACAUCUAUUGUGAAUUCAGAGUACAUCAUUGCUGUAAUGGGAGUUACAAUAUUUAGUAUACGCCUUGUACAUAUAUUGUUUAUUCAGAGUACAUCAUUGCUGUAAUGGGAGUUACAAUAUUAGGUAUACGCCUUGUACAUCUAUUGUGAAUUCAGAGUACAUCAUUGCUGUAAUGGGAGUUCCAUUUGUUUGUAUACGCCUUGCACAUUAUAGUGAUUUCAGAGUACACCAUUGCUGUAAUGGGAGUUUAAUUUGUUUAUAUACGCAUUGCACAUUAUAGUGAAUUCAGAGUACACCAUUGCUGUAAUGGGAGUUACAAUAUUUAGUAUACGCCUUGUACAUCUAUUGUGAAUUCAGAGUACACCAUUGCUGUAAUGGGAGUUCCAUUUGUUUCUAUACGCCUUGCACAUUAUAGUGUUUUCAGAGUGCACCAUUGCUUUAAUGGGAGUUCCAUUUGUUUCUAUACGCCUUGCACAUUAUAGUGAUUUCAGAGUACACCAUUGCUGUAACGGGAGUUCCAUUUGUUUUUACACGCCUUGCACAUUAUAGUGAUUUCAGAGUACACCGUUGCUGUAAUGGGAGUUCCAUUUGUUUCUAUACGCCUUGCACAUUAUAGUGAUUUCAGAGUACAUCAUUGCUGUAAUGGAAGUUACAAUAUUUAGUAUACACCUUGUACAUCUAUUGUGAAUUCAGAGUACACCAUUGCUGUAAUGGGAGUUCCAUUUUUUCUAUACGCCUUGCACAUUAUAGUGAUUUCAGAGUACACCAUUGCUGUAAUGGGAGUUCCAUUUGUUUCUAUACGCCUUGCACAUUAUAGUGAUUUCAGAGUACACCAUUGCUGUAACGGGAGUUCCAUUUGUUUCUAUACGCCUUGCACAUUAUAGUGAUUUCAGAGUACACCAUUGCUGUAAUGGGAGUUUCAUUUGUUUCUAUACGCUAUACACAUUAAAGUGAUUUCAGAGUACACCAUUGCUGUAAUGGGAGUUUCAUUUGUUUCUAUACGCCUUGCACAUUAUAGUGAUUUCAGAGUACACCAUUGCUGUAAUGGGAGUUCCAUUUGUUUCUAUACGCCUUACACAUUAUUGUGAUUUCAGAGUACAUAAUUGGUGUAAAUGAACUUCCAUUGUUCUGUAUAUACCUUGCACAUUAUAGUGAGUUCAGAAUACAUAAUUACAGUAAAUGAAGUUCCAUUUGUGUAUACAUUGCCUAUCAAAAUGAUUUCAGUACUAAUUAUAACUGUUAAUUUAGUUUAAUUUGGUUGUAUAAACCUUGCAGGUUAUAUUGAUUUCAGAGUACACAAUUAUCUAAAUAUAGUUUCAUCCGGUUGUAUAAACAUAAAAGGUUAUAGUGAUUUCGAGCACAUCAUUAUUGUAAAUACAUUUUCAUUUGUUCGCAUACAUAAGUAUGUUGUUUAAGUUAAAGUGAUUCGUUCAUUGGUCAUUAUUGACCGGCAGAAACUUUAAUUUAUUUCGGCAUAAAUUAACACAUUUCUACAGUGUAAUAAAAUAACCGCAUCUCAGCAAAUAUCAAUAAACUUGUUGCCAGCAUCAAAACUGUUAGUCAGAGUCUCGAUUAAGUGAUUAUUACUGUUUAUCUAGUUGUUUUGUGUAUUUAUUUUUUGUACGUUAUGGUGGUUUUAGAAUACAUUCAAUUAGUGUAAAUGUAAUUUGAUGAUUUGUAAAUAUGUUAUGUGCAUUAAAGUGAUUUGUCUGGUAGUUUUGCGUCUGAUGUUUUUACCUUACAUGAAUAAUGUAGUUACUACUAAUAUAUUUAUUUCUAAAUUAGGAGUCAUAGAGUUCAUCGUCAUUGCAUGAAAAGGUUCUUUGGUGUUCAGAUGACGACAUUU